AUGCUGAUUAAAGAGAGCUUUGCCGAUGUGCAGACUGCCGCCAAUGGCAAGGAGAGCUCAAUGCGAAUCUUCUUGUUCCAUCCCACGAUCCCUGGAUAUCCCAAUGCCCGCUUCCCCGGAGUUGUGCUCUUCAGCGAGAUCUACCAGGUCACCGGCCCGGUUGCCAGGUUUGCGAGGCAGAUUGCUGGCCAGGGAUACAUCGUCGCCGCCCCCAGCAGCUAUCAUGACUUUACCGGGCCCGAGCCCCUGGCGUACGACGUGCCGGGGACAGACCAGGGAAACAAGUGGAAAGUAACCAAGACCCUCGAAUCCUACGAUGAAGACUCCCACAAAACGGUGGACUACCUCCUCUCCCUGCCCACGUGCAACGGCCGCAUCGGCGCAACCGGAAUGUGCCUAGGCGGGCACCUCGCCCUGCGCGCAAGCCUUGACCCGCGCAUAAGCGCAGCGGUGUGCUACUUCCCGACAGACAUCCACACGCGGACGCUGGGGCCGCACUCGGGGCCGGACAGCUCGGCCGCGGCGCCGUCGGCGGACAGCGCGCACACGCUGGACCAGCUGGCGCGCAUCCGGGGCGAGGUGUCGCUGAUCUUCGGCGUCAAGGACACGCACGUGCCGGACGCCGGGCGCGACCUGAUCCGGCGCAAGCUGCGCGAGGCCGGCGCGACCUUCAGCUUCCACGAGUUCGCCUGGGCCCAGCACGCCUUCAUCCGCGACGAGCUCAGCAAGGGCCGCUACGACCCGGCCGUCAGCAAGGCCUGCUUCGAGAUCCUCCUCGAGCUGUUCGGCCGCGUGCUCCGCACUGAGCUCGGCGAGCCCGAGGGCAAGGUCCCUGAUGUCGAGCACGUUUGCUGAGAGGAGGACGGAGCGGCGGGGGUUUUGUCUUUUUUACCUGCUCCCUACUCCAGCUACCCGUAUGCCUGAGCUGGAGGGCCUGAGAGUGACCUGCUGCGUUCAAAGGCCUUGGCGAGGACGAUGUGGAUUUGUGGUUGGGGUACAUAGAAUGGCCGAAAUUGUGUGACUGACUCGGGAAUACUGCACCUCGCUGGCUUAGCAGGACGGAAUCACUGGC